UCACUCAGCACUGAAGCAAUGAGCACUAGAAAGAAUCCAUGAGGAAAUGGAAAAGCAGGAUGUUGGAGCAGUCUCUGACUGCAGGACAGCAAUGAAGUUUCCGGCCACGUGACUUUCAGCUUACAUCCCCGAGGUUCUGAGAAACCACAGGAGGCUGAGACCUAAAGGGAAGGUGCAGAGCCUCUGAGAGGAGAGGCAGCGAAAGUGUUGGAGUGUUGGGCAGGAGGACAGUGUGCUUCUGGGACUGGUGAGAGCAGGGAAGCCAGGGGCUAUCUCAGGGGUGACAGAGGAGGGUGGGGAGAGGCAGAGAAGCAAGACAGAAGGCAGGCACACCAAGAGGACAAAGGAAGCUGAAGAGACCCUGGGAGCCAGAGCCAGGAGCCAUGCCCCACAGCUCCGACAGCAGUGAUUCCAGCAGCUUCAGCCAGUCUCCCCCUCCCAGCAAGCAGGACUCUUCUGAUGACAUGAGAAAAGUCCAAAGGAGGGAGAAGAAUCGUAUUGCUGCCCAGAAGAGCCGCCUGAGGCAGACUCAGAAAGCAGACACACUGCACUUGGAGAGCGAAGACUUGGAGAGGCAGAACGCUGCCCUGCGCCGGGAGAUCAAGCAGCUGACAGAGGAGAUGAAGCACUUCACCUCGAUGCUGAGCUCCCAUGAACCACUCUGCUCCAUCCUGACAUCCCCUCCACCGCCCCCAGAAGUGCUUUACGCCACACACUCCUUUCACCAGCCCCACAUUAGCUCCCCACGCUUCCAGCACUGAGCUGGAAGUAGGACGACAGCCUGCCAGCUCCACUGAUGGCAAGAAGUAACUUCAUGGGGCUCGUUUUUCCAUCCAAGGGAAGGAAUUGGACAAGUGGACAUUCCUUCUUAAAGUGUGUACUCUGAGUGACUUGCCUAAGACUUACUUCCUGUGCAGAAAUGGCAGAGCCACCACAAAGCAUCUUGGGACAGUUUCCAGCUUGGAUCCUGAGAAGAGGAGGCAGUCACAAAAGGGCACCAACCCCCUUCUGUGGUGCUUGUUUGGGCACACUCACAAGAGCGUGCAGCACCGACAGCCUCCAUAAGAGUGGCUGGAUGUGACAUGCAACAGCUGGAGCUACAGGAAGAGGAAUGGGAGCAGGGGUGGAGGAGGUUGGGGGCCACAGAGUAUCAGGGGAAAACUGGUUUAUUUUUGUAAAAUAAAGAUUGAAAAUUCUUAA